AUGUCUGCCUCUUUUCCAGCUGCCGUUGCACUGGAUGAGGCGUGCAAGAAAGGGGAUACGUACAGUGGUCUGCAGAUGUUCAAGGCGGUGCUUCAACGCAAAAUCAGAAGUGGCAACGAGUCGGGGGCGCACGACCUGCUGGACGCUGGCUUGUUGCAGGCGGCUGUAGCUAACAUGUCUGUCGAAGUGGGGUCCGAAUUGUGCGCUGGGCUUCUCAACCUCUUUAAGUGUUUCAACCACACGGGGGACGAAUUUGUAAAGAAGCGGUUGUCUACCGUGCACAACUACUUGACGCAGGUGGAGGAGUCUCACGCCUCGCCUGUGUGGUGCGAGAUGCACGUUAAGUUCCUCCGCGACGCGCUGCUUUGGCUCCAGACUGUAGGGGCGGGGGACGCCUACGUCGCGGACCUUAACUCUAAUCUUUGCCGCGCAUAUCUGCGGCUCGCUCAUAGUAGGGCGAAUGCUCGCGAUGGCAGCAGCGGCAGCAGCAACGACGAGGAGGCCAUCUGUGAGGCACUUGCGGCAGCGUACAACACUAGUCAUCUUUGCCCCUCAGAGACGCAGCUAAUUCGCUCGGUUGCAUCCGAGGUGCAAGAGCGACUCACGGAGGCGGAAAGGCCGUUUUUAAUUGCACGCACUGUUUACGGCGUGCUCUCGGGUAUGAGCAGGAAGUCAGAUGUGCCGCAGAAGGUGCUUCUGACGUCCGCAUCGACAAUUUUGCACGAUGAAGGGGUAUCGGCUGACGCGUCAGCGCUGUCUAGCUUCUUGCAUGAUGUGGUGCAGGUCAUGGUUGAGGCGUUACCCAUGCAAGUCAACGCGUCCGAGACCCAAUCACACACGCACCUCGUGGAUGCCUUGUGUAACGUUUACUACCCCUUGCUGCCGGUCAUCCGCGACCUGGAUUGGGUGGCCCUCUCACGCUCUAUCCGAUGCGGGGGUGUGUGA